UGUGUUUGGCAAUUGUGUAUGCAUUCAGUAACAUUUUCGCCCUGUCAUUUUCAUUUUCACCGCUCAACAUGGACCCCGUCCGAGAAAAAGGCCUUCAAGAUUAUCGCAAAAAACUUUUGGAACAUGCUGAAGUUGAAGGAAGACUUAAAGAGAUGCGAGAACUGUUGAAGGAUCUUACAAAGCAAUACGAUAAAUCGGAAAAUGAUUUGAAAGCACUUCAAAGUGUUGGCCAAAUUGUUGGGGAAGUCCUAAAGCAGCUGACGGAGGAAAAAUUCAUUGUCAAAGCUACCAAUGGGCCUCGCUAUGUUGUUGGAUGUAGACGUCAGUUAGAUAAGGCUAGACUAAAGUCAGGAACUCGUGUAGCUCUGGACAUGACAACACUGACUAUCAUGAGAUAUCUUCCACGUGAAGUUGAUCCAUUAGUGUACAACAUGUCUCAUGAAGAUCCGGGAGAUGUUACCUACUCUGAAAUUGGUGGUCUGAGUGAGCAGAUUCGUGAGUUAAGAGAAGUGAUUGAGCUACCACUGUUGAACCCUGAAUUAUUUCAACGUGUUGGCAUUACUCCACCCAAAGGAUGUUUGUUGUAUGGACCACCAGGCACUGGAAAAACUCUCCUUGCGAGAGCCGUUGCUAGUCAACUCGAUGCCAACUUUUUGAAGGUCGUUUCCAGCGCCAUUGUAGACAAAUACAUCGGCGAGAGUGCCCGUCUAAUUCGUGAAAUGUUCAAUUAUGCAAGGGAUCAUCAACCUUGCAUUAUUUUCAUGGACGAAAUUGAUGCAAUCGGUGGACGCCGUUUCAGCGAAGGUACUUCGGCUGACAGAGAGAUUCAACGUACGCUGAUGGAACUCUUGAAUCAAAUGGACGGAUUCGAUUCGUUGGGACAGGUAAAAAUGAUCAUGGCUACGAAUCGACCAGAUACACUAGAUCCUGCUCUACUUCGUCCAGGUCGUCUUGAUCGAAAGAUUGAAAUUCCCUUACCCAACGAACAAGCACGUUUGGAGAUUUUGAAAAUUCACGCCGGACCUAUCGCGAAGCAUGGCGAUAUCGACUAUGAGGCUGUGGUGAAGUUGUCUGACAGCUUUAACGGAGCGGAUUUGCGAAAUGUGUGUACCGAAGCUGGUCUGUUUGCUAUUCGCGCGGAAAGAGAUUAUGUGAUUGAAGAGGAUUUCAUGAAAGCAGUUCGUAAAGUGGCAGACAAUAAGAAACUUGAGUCGAAACUUGAUUACAAGCCAGUUUAAAAAUGUUCAAAUACCCUUCUAACGAUAAUAAAUCUCAAGUUUGAAUGAGAAA